GGCGCCAAUCGUACACGACAUCCCACAAGUAGGGUUUGUAUUUGACAGUUGAACCAUGACGAAAUCCGGGCAAAUGUUUCAAGUCCAGCAUGAUACUGACUGCUCCGUGAUCGUGCGUCGAAGAUGAGCUUCCAAAACUUAGACAGUGUGGUCGAACCUAUUUGUGCGAGCAAGCCGCCCUUGGGAUCCACACCGCCGAAAUGCGCCCUACCCUCGAUUCUACUCCAGUCUCAUCCGUUGAUGAUCACGCAUGAACUCUCGGGGAUUGAAGAAGAGCCACAGACCCCGAUUGAGACGCCGAGUGCGUCCAAAUUGGAUAUCUCGCUCAAGCGACCGUCCCUCUCGAUUCUUCCGCCGGCGGAAGAUGUGCGGUUUGAACUCAUGUCAGAUGAUGAUAGCGGUUCCACCACGGCCCCGGUCGUGGCUGGAGAGGGUUAUUCCACUGCCAUGCGUGGUCGGUUCUUUUCCUUUGGCAAUGCCAACAACGCUCGACCGCAUUUGGGUAGCACGGCUUCCACGGCCCGACGUCAUCGAUACUCCCGACAGCAUACGGUAAGCGGGGGUGAUUCGGUCUUGUCCCGGCUAGAGUUCGCCCCCAUGUUCCAUCGUGCCAUAUCCAGAACCUAUACCUUGACGUCCAACGCCUCGUCGUCCAUUCCGGUGGAGGAGUGGCGGCCCAUCUUUGACAAACUAGACCGCGAAUCCGACGGGAUCGUGGACGGGAAAAUCCCGAUGAAUAAAUUCCGCAAGAUCUUGGAGGACGACCCGAUUUGGAUGGAGACCGUGCCUGCCGAUGUGCAGGAGAAGAUCCUCAACACCGUGGACAAGAACAAUGAUGGUGUCAUUGACUAUGACGAGUUCAUCGAGUUGGUGAAAGGUAACGAGUUCGGUUUCGGGCGGCAUAAACGCCGUGCGUUUCGCGAGUUGCUCAAACAGACCGCGGAGUUCAUAGUGCCCUACAAGUAUUCGUAUCAGAACCAGUAUUCGUGUUCACCCCCACCCGUGUUUAUGGUGGCCAUCUCGUUGCUCCAAGUGAUUAUCUUCACGUACAACUCCGCAGUGAUGUUCAAAGAAAUCGGCUACAUCGGUGUCAAUGGGCCUGUGCCAUAUUGUUCGAAUCUCAUCUACAAUCCGGACAAACGCCACCAAAUCUGGCGAUAUAUCACUUACAUGUUCAUUCAUGCCGGCCUGUUUCAUGUCAGCUUCAACGUUCUCGUUCAACUCGUAUUAGGCAUUCCCCUAGAAAUGGUGCACGGUUGGUGGCGAGUAAUGUUGGUCUACGUUUCUGGAGUAUUGGCGGGCUCUCUGUGGACCAGUGCGAUUCGACCCAGUGUGUACCUGUCCGGAGCAAGUGGAGGCGUGUAUGCCCUUAUCACCGCCCAUCUCGGGACGGUCAUCAUGAACUUCAGAGAGAUGACUUGUCCUUGGACCCGAAUCUUUGUCGUCUGUAUUGUCACCUUCACGGAUGUUAUCGUGUACAUCUACGAUACCUACAUAGUAGGUCAUGAGAAUCCCAUCAGUUAUCCAGCCCACAUCUCGGGUGCGGCCACGGGAUUGUUGGUGGGCAUCACUUGUCUCAAAAAUCUCCAAUGGGAGACACAUGAGCGAUACAUCUGGGCAUUCAGUGUGUUCACAUUCCUCAUCUUGAUGUUGGUGGCCAUUGUCUGGAAUGUCGCUUUUCCCAGUCACUUUCCCGGAUUGCCAUUUCCCGUGCCUUGCGUGUCUGAACACGAGUUGUAGAUGUAUGAUAGCAAAAAGAGUCUGUGUGCUUGAUUUGUGAGUUUGCUCUUUUUCUAUUUUAACGAGUCAACGAGCCAAACAGCCUCUAUUGGAAAUAUUUGAUUAUCUCGAAAAUAAAAGAUUGGAGACCAUGACGAAGACAA